UCUCCAUCACGUAACAAACUACACUGUCUGCAUGAUAGAGCGAGGAGUCCAGUACCCUGACUGUAUGAUGGGGCGAGGAGUCCUAUUUAUCACGCUGUUCUCCCUCCUGAGCGGCCUCAAUGCACAAGAACCGUGCACCCUUAUAAUGCCUGGUUUGCUGCGUGUGGAGAGUGAGGAGACCAUCGUGUUGGAUGCUCAGUCACAAACUGUUCCGUUUGAGGCUGAAAUCAUAAUUCAGGAAUAUCCUCUGAAGUCGUUUAAUUUAGCAAGUGCCAGGGUCACCCUGAACAGCAACAACGGCUUCCUGGGAAAAGUUGAUUUAAAGAUUCCUGGGAAGGAUUUACAGAAAGACGAAAAGAAGAAGCAAUAUGUCUACGUGUCGGUACAGUCGACGGUGUGCAAGCUAGAGAAAAUUGUCAUGUUGUCGUUCCACAGCGGAUACAUCUUCAUACAGACUGACAAGACCAUCUACAACCCAGGGACUAACGUUCUUUAUCGUAUCUUCAUCACUGGGCCCUUCCUGGAGCCUGACAGGCGUACGGUGGAUGUGGAGAUCAUGAACCCUGAUGGGAUAGUGGUGAAGAAGGACCGAUUCUCUUCCAGUGACAACAGUGGGAUCAUACAAAAGGUCUUCGAGCUCCCAGAGAUCGCCAAUGACGGAAUUUGGCAGAUUGUUUGUAAAUUUCAAGUAGCUCCUCAGGAAAUUUUCCGCACAGAGUUCGAGGUCAAAGAGUAUGUUUUGCCAAGUUUUGAGGUCCUGUUGGACUGCCCGCAGAAUUCUUUCUUUGUGGAUGAUAAUGAUUUUACUGUGGACAUUACAGCAAGGUUUCUGCAUGGGAAGGAAGUGGAUGGCUCUGGAUAUGCAAUUUUUGGAGUAAUUGUUAACAAUAAGAAACAGAAUUUCCCGGAUUCUCUGACCAACAUCACGGUGACGAAGGGGAGCGGAAAGGCGACCCUACAUCGCCACAUGAUCACCAGCCGUUACCCGGACCCAACCUUUCUCCUCGGAAGUUCUCUCUAUGUCACUGUGGUCAUAUUAACAAAUGCAGGCAGCGACCUGGUGGAAGCAGAGAAGACUGACAUCCCUGUGGUUAAUACGGCAUUCAAAGUACUUUUCACCAAGUCCUCCAAAUAUUUCAAGCCUGGUCUGCCAUAUUUGGUAAAGCUUUCACUGCAGACACCUAAUGGCCUCCCAGCAUCCCGUAUUCCGGUGUGUACAGUGGACGGCGCAUGUGUAACAACCAGCACAGACGGAAGUGCUGAAUUCAUCAUGAACGCUGGCUCGAAUGACCAGGAGAUGAAAGUUCUGGUGAGAACAAAUGCUGCAGGUGUUCCUGAGCGUAGACAGACCACAGGCUCACUGACGGUGAUGGCUUACAGGCCACAAGGGGGGUCAGGGAACUUCCUGCAUAUUGGUGUACAGUCAACGCAGGUGAAAGAGAGUGACACUAUAAGCGUGCAGUUCCACAUAAAGAACAAGGAUGUCAUCGUCCAGAGAAGCAUCAAGCACAUCACCUACAUGGUCCUGAGUAGAGGUCGGGUUCUAGAAAUGGACCGUCAAGCAAGAGAUCCUGAGCACUCCAUUACGGUCUUGUCACUGGUGGUCACAAAGAAGUACAUCCCGUCCUUCCGCAUUCUGGCGUAUUAUAUGGUGCCUGGUACCAAGGAGAUUGUCUCAGACUCUGUCUGGAUUGAUACGGAGACUUCUUGCAUAAGGAAGCUCGAACUGUCUCAAGACACCAGAAAUCCAGUUUUGGACCCUGAACCUGGAACGUCUUUGAAUCUGAAGCUCACAGGAGAACCUGGAGCCAAUGUUGGGCUGGUGGCUGUGGACAAGGCUGUCUUUGUCCUGAACAAAAAGUAUCGGAUGUCACAAGACAAGAUUUGGAAGGAGGUGGAACGGGGUGAUCUAGGCUGCACACCCGGUGGUGGAGUGGACAAUGCAGGGGUGUUUACGGAUGCUGGGCUCUCUGUGCAGUCCACCACAGGUCUUAAAAAUCCAGAAAGACAAGAGCUGCGUUGUGAAGAGCCUAAGAGAAGGAAGCGCUCAGGGAUAAUAACCAAACAAAAAACUGAAAAAGCACGUCAAUAUGAAGAUGAACGUCUGCGGCGGUGCUGUGAGGAUGGCAUGCAGGAGAACCCGAUGGGGUAUACAUGCGACAAGAGGAAGGAGUACGUCCUGGAGGCCGGAGAAUGUGUGCGAGUGUUUCUGGAGUGCUGCAAAUUUAUCUUUGAGCCAAAGCCAAUCAGGAGACGGCCUGGUAAAUUCCUUCCAGAGUCCUCCAUCUUUCGUCCCGGUUCAACCGUCAUUGGCACUGGUACCUCAGAGAGCGGGGGCCCUGAUGGUGAUUAUGAAUCUAUGGAUUUUCAGUCACGCAGUACUUUUUCUGAGAGCUGGCUGUGGAGGGUUGAAACGCUUCCUAUGAAUACAGACCGUAACGGGGAUUCAUCAAAGCUCAUUAAUGCACACUUACCAGAUUCAAUCACCACCUGGGAAUUUUUGGCGAUCAGCAUUUCUGCAAAUUCAGGCAUUUGUGUUGCUAAACCCUACGAACUGCUGGUCAAAAAACUUUUCUUCAUUGAUCUGCGGCUUCCAUAUUCUGUGGUCCGUAAUGAGCAGGUGGAGAUCCGAGCCGUCCUGUACAGUUACGUCAAAUUUGAAAUCGAGGUUCGGGUAGAUCUGAUUUUCAACAACAAGAUGUGCAGUUCGUCUACAGCAGAAGCCAACUUCCGCCAGGAAGUGAUCAUCGGACCCUACGGUACUCUCGUUCUUCCAUUUGUCGUUGUUCCCCUAGAGAUUGGGAACCUUGAAAUAGAGGUGAAAGCAUCAGUGAAGGAAUACUCCAUCACUGAUGGAGUAGUAAAAAGUCUGAAGGUCGUGCCAGAAGGGAUGAGAAUACUUAAGAAUAUCCAGAGUAUCAUCCUGAAUCCUCAACGCUCAGAGGUUCCCGGCGUCCAGGAAUUAAUAGUGGAUCCUGUGCCACCAAAGGAUGUUGUACCCAACACAGAAGCGGAGACCUAUGUCAGUGUAAAAGGAAGCCUUCUGGGGGAAACACUGGACAAUUCCAUUGAUGGUGCCAACUUGAAACAUUUGAUCACUGUGCCGUCUGGCUGUGGAGAGCAAGUCAUGAUGAGCAUGACUCCAACUGUGAUUGCCACCCAUUUCCUGGACACCACAAACCAGUGGGAUAGAAUUGGAGUAGAACGUAGAUUGGAGGCCAUUAACAACAUCAAGCUAGGAUAUGUACAACAGAUGGUGUUCCGUAAACCUGAUAACUCAUACUCAGCAUUUACUAACCGGCCAGCCAGUACCUGGCUCACGGCCUAUGUGGUGAAGGUCUUCUCCAUGGCCUACAAGCUGAUUUACGUAGAAAAAGAUGUGCUGUGUGGUGCCGUCAGUUGGCUUAUUUCUGAUGAGAAACAACUACCAAAUGGAGUCUUUAAAGAGGAUGCCCCAGUCAUACAUGGGGAGAUGGUGGGUGGAGCAGGAAAUACAGAACCUGAUGCCUCGCUGACAGCAUUUGUCUUAAUUGCUCUAGUUGAGUCAGAGAGUCACUGCAAAGAUAACGUUCCGAAUCUCAAGGCCAGUCUGGAUAAAAGUGCCGCUUACUUGGAGGAACGGUUAAAAACCUUGAGUAAACCAUACUCCAUCUGUAUCACAUCCUAUGCUCUGUCCUUGGUGGGGAAACUUCCAAAUUCCAAUAGACUGAUGUCCACCUCAACAGAUGGCACCCACUGGGCGGCUUACUCCUCUGAUCUCUACAUGAUUGAAGCCACCUCCUAUGCAUUGCUUGCACUUCUCAAGAUCAACCGCUUUGAUCUGGCUGAGCCUGUGUCUAGAUUUUUGGCGGAGCAGAGAUUCUAUGGAGGAGGCUAUGGCUCCACUCAGGCAACGAUUAUGGUGUUUCAGGCCUUGUCGGAGUUCCAGAGACUGGUGCCGGAAAUUAAUAGCAUCGACAUGGACGUGACUCUAACACUGCCAGGGAGAUUGAAUCCUUUUACCUGGAAGAUCAACACAUACAAUGCCAUGGUCCAACGCAGUGAGAGGACUGUGAUGAAAGAUAAAAUUAAGGUGACUGCUGUAGGAAAGGGACAAGGAACCCUAACAAUUAUGUCUGCAUAUUAUGCACCAUUGGAUGAAGGCGCUGUACCCUGCAAGAAUUUUGAUUUUAACGUCACCAUUAAAGACGCACCAAAAGCUAAGCCUCCAAUUGGAGCCCUGAAAACCAUGUUCAUAAACAUCUGUAUGAAAUUCCUUGGAGCUACAGACUCUACAAUGACCAUUGUGGACCUCACUCUUCUUACAGGGUUUACAGUAGACACAGAUGAUCUCAAUAAGCUGAUGAAUAGGGUCGACAGAUAUAUCUCAAAGUAUGAAAUGGACACGACGCGUUCUGAACGAGGCUCCCUGAUUAUCUACCUGGACAAGGUCUCCAGAUUAGAGAGCGAAUGUCUAAAAUUCAAGAUCCACCAGAAUUUUGAGGUUGGAAUUUUGCAGCCAUCAAUGGUUACCAUAUAUGAAUAUUAUGCUUUAGAAAACCGAUGUACAAAGUUUUAUCACCCGACGGAAGAGCUGGGAGAGAUAAAGAGGAUCUGCAGUGGAGCUGAAUGUCACUGUAUUUCAGACAGGUGCAACCUAAGGACUGCAUACAAAGGACCGUUGGAUUCUGUCAGUCGUCUGACGGCGGCAUGCAACCAUGGCGUGGAUUAUGUAUAUGAGACCAAAGUGGACAGCAUUGACAAGAGUGGGGCAUAUGACACUUACACAAUGACUAUCACACGAGUCAUUAAAGUGGGAACUGAUGAUGUUGUAGACGGCGAAAAACGCCAGUUUUUUAGCCACCAGGGCUGCAGAGAUUCUGUCAGAGCCUACGUGGGUCGCACGUACAUCAUCUGGGGCCGCAGUGAGGACAUAUGGGAACUGAAAGGACAAAAGUCCUACGUGAUCAACGGUGGGACAUGGUUUGAGUUGGUCCCCACGAAGCGGGAAUGCAUCACCACCAAGCGGUCCGAGUGUGAGCAAAUCAGCACGUUUAUUGAUGAAUUGAGGCUGCGUGGCUGCAGUACAUAAGAACUGGCUGGGUUAUGUGAAUACACCGGAUGCCUUCCACAGUAUUGUUCAUCCAUUGCAUGAGUAACUUCUGUAAGCCUGUUACCCUUUUGUGUCAAACUACAACUCUACACCUGUCCUAAAAAAGAAGUUAGAAGGAACCCAGACCCCAUCAAAGCCGCACUCUCGCCUAUAAUGUUCUCCUCUGGUGCCAGAAGUGGUAAACUGACCUAGAACAGGACUGUAACUAUGUGCAUUGUAUAUUUCCAUUAUUCACUGUCAUAUAUGAUUGGUGCAGAAAUAAGUAGGCAGCCAACAGAGGAAGACGCUCUUCCAGGAACCCGUGUUUCUGUAGCUCAUGGGCCACAAUGCUGUAAGACUGCAUAGCUGUUCCGAUUACGACUAUUAUUCCAGUUUUGUGUUAAUGAAGUAUUAAACUAAACACACACACACACUUUGCACCAUAGUAGAACAGUGUUCGAGGAGUGGGACAUAGGAAUUCAAAUGAUGAGAGGGUCCACCUUCAUUAAUGACAACCUUCUUAUUAAAGUCUUCAUAUAAAAAUCUCAUCAAUGCUGAAUGGCAACAACACAAUGCAAGUUUAGAGCAUCUCUAAAUCCAUAUUUCCCACCAUCUAAUGAGUGUGAUAACGGUUUAUGGGGGUUGUAGCACCACCUACUGGUCACAAGUCAGCAUUUCUCUGUUUAUUGUUUUCCUUUACCUUUUGAGACCGAUUAACUAUAACUGAGGUAUGUUACUCUCUACUCAGUAUUUACAUAACCACAUGGAGCGCACAGGCACAAAAAAUAUGAGCGAUCAUAUUGCAAUUAAUAUUUAAGAUGUUCCUCUAUAUUAUCUUUUAUUUUCUUCAAAAUAAAUAACAUUAAAACAUU